CUGCCUCUCCACGUCGCGUCCCAGUCUCAAACGGAUAAGGGCGGGAGGCCAAAAAUCUUUCCUCCUUUAACGCGCACCCCCUGUGUCUCCCUCGCUCGCUCGCUCGCUCAUGUCGCCGGCGCCUGCAACGAUGAUCGCCGCUCGUGCGCCUCCAUUGCCGUUCACCUUCCUCUCCACUCCGAAACCUCCGCGCACAACCUCCAUCCGAGCCGCAUUCCACCACGAAGUCGAGGGCGGUGUUCGGCUAGAGAGGAGGGAGCUGUUGAAGAGAGCGGCUCUGGCCACUCUCCUGGGGAGCACGCCGCUGGGCCUGCCGUCGCCGGCGGUAGCGAGGGAGGUGGAGGUCGGCUCGUACCUCCCGCCGUCGCCCUCCGAUCCUUCCUUCGUCCUCUUCAAGGCUUCUCCUAAAGACACCCCCGCGCUUCGCGCAGGGAAUGUUGAACCCUACCAAUUCAUCCUCCCCCCGACUUGGAAACAGAUGCGAGUGGCCAACAUAUUGUCAGGCAAUUACUGCCAACCAAAGUGUGCGGAGCCGUGGGUAGAGGUGAAGUUCGAGGACGACAAGCAGGGGAAGGUUCAGGUGGUGGCUUCCCCUCUCGUACGCCUCACGAAUAAGCCCAACGCGUCCAUCGAGGAGAUCGGGAGCCCAGAGAAGUUGAUCGCCUCUCUAGGCCCUUUUGUAACGGGGAGCACGUACGAUCCGGAUGAGCUCUUGGAAGCAUCAGUUGAAAAGCUCGGUGAUCAGACGUAUUACAAGUACGUGCUGGAGACUCCAUAUGCCCUGACGGGCUCGCACAAUCUUGCCAAGGCGACGGCGAAAGGGAACACCGUCGUUUUAUUUGUUGCCAGCGCGAACGAGAAACAGUGGCAAGCAUCUGAAAAUACUCUGAGAGCAAUGCUGGAUUCUUUUCAUGUUUAGUUGUCGAAGGUAAGGGAAGCUGGAUGCUGCUAAAACCUGUCUUUCGAAGGAGAAGAAUAAAUGCUGUCAGCAGGAGUCCGGAAACAGGAUGAUACUGUAUCGUACAUGGCCUAUAGCCAAUUAUUAUUCUUUUUGCUGAUCGUAUAUCAUCUAGUUGAGAUUUUGGAGCUUCUUGAUGUAGAUCUAAAUUGUACCCAUCUCCCAUAUCAUGUCAAUCACUUUCGAACAUGAUGCCUAAAUGUAAAAACUCCACUGCAUUUAGUGAUAAAAUAAAAAGAAGAGCUGAUCUUUACA